AUGUGGGUGUGGCGCUCCUUAGGAUGCCAAGCUGCUGAAUUGCCGUCUUCGGUCUUCGCACCUUUAGGACGGCGGUGUUGUCAAGAUGGCGCAGACACGAGGAACAACUGGAGCAUCGAUUCGCUGAGUACAUCACUCAAGGACAGCAAGGGCAUUGUCUACCGACUGGGCCCUGGCAAAAGUGAGGGUGUUGCAGCCUGGCGUUUAGAGCCCUUCAAUGACUUGCGGCUUUGUGUGCCAGCUGCUGUGGAAGUGCAGUCGCCACCAGCAAUUUCCGUCACAGAAAUCAGUGAGAGAACAGACAACAGGAAUCCAAUUUUCAAGUCCGUGAAGGAUGCAGUGAAGAAACUCAUCUCCCGAGGUGGUGGGACUUUCUUGUACCGUGUCCCAAUCGCCACGGUAAGACUAAGAGAAGAAGCAGAUGCUGUAGUGACAGGUGCUCCUGGAGAGGUGGAUUGGCCCGAGUGUGUCUCAGGUGCCGUAGUUGGAGUGGCAUUGAAGGUGGCUAUCAUGCUGGGCCCUCAGACAACAUCUACAGCAUUACCAUCCAUUGUCCCUGAUCCAGAUGAGUCUCGCGCGGUGAACAUUGACUGCGAAACUUGCCGCAUUUGCGUCGCGCAGAAAGGAGGUCCUCCACUGGAUCCAGCCAAGCUGCAUGGUCGACAUGAAGAAGGCAUAGCACAAGAGCUAGAGAUCUGGGCCAAGAGAGCCAGAAACAAACCGAACACGUGGCGAUUACUCUAUAUCCAAGCGCAGGCCGCAAAUGUAGACGGGCCAUCAAGAUUAGCUAUCCACUCUGCCCCGCAGAUUUUGCAAUCCUUGGGAAGACAGCUUGGAGAUCUGGUACUAGCAGCUGUUGCAGACAUUGAGUUCUGCAUAGAGCCUUUCGAAAUCAGCUAUGGAGAGUCUCACUUGGAGUCUCUGCGCUGUAUGGUAGCUGAAGAAAUUGCAAACCUUUUGGGCAUCUCUUCAGACCAGGUCAUGUGUGGUUCUUUCAAAUUGAAAAGUGUGAUCCCCAAGUGGCGGCAUGUGCGGCGCAACUCAAUGAUGCUGCAGAUCGCCCUGCUUCACCAAGGGCUCAUACAGGUAGUUCGGGGGCCACAGAUGCCCACCAGGCAGGCAGCAGAUCCUCUUCCAGAACUCGUCAGCAAAAAGGCGCCUCGACUCACCAAGUCUGCCACAACGAAGAUGUGGACGGACCCUCUCAAUGACACAGCGGAGCCAACGUCCCCAACUGGGACCAAAAAAAGCAUUGCGUUGACACGAGCACUAACCACCCUCAAAGACACGCAGGAAGCUUUCUCGCAAACUAUGCGGGAUACUGGUCUGAACAAGUCUUCUUCCGAACCAUCGCUGACAAAAUCCAAGAGCUUGUUUGACAGAGUCUACGCCAAAGGUGGAUCAUUUCCAAGUAAAGACAUGCCUCCAGAUCAGUUACUCAAGACCUUGAUGCACAUCUUGGGCGACACCACGCAUCCAAUCCGAAAGCACCCUCAGAUCUUCCCCAUGUUCGCACGGAUCUCGAAGCAAGCUGUGGUGGUCAGAGCACCCCUUGUGGCAAGUCAAGAUAUCAUCGAUCCGGAACGAAUGGCCGAGAGCAUCAGAGAGCUCAUGAAGCCUCGACGGGUCAAGAGCGUUCCUUCUGACGUAGAUGGGGAAACUUUGGAGAACCUCUCUACGAUGCGGACCGAAAUUCUGUCUCUGUAUUCGCAGCCAGGUGGUAGCAUUGCAGUGCAGAAGUCGCAGCUGGUGAACUUGACUCCAAAAGAGAUUCUGGAUAUGGCAGACAGCACCUUUGGUCAGAUGCACACUCUUGUUGCUUGUUUGGAGGCGAUGAUUGAAAAAACGGAGAAUGACACCGAGUACUGUCAAAGGCUUUGCCUUCAUCACGCAGUUGACCGCACUUUGGUGGUCAUGCGGCACUUUACAUCCAGCCGGGAGGUUGUUUUCCGUGGUCUUCGGUUGAUCCGCAAUCUCACAGUCCACGAUAUUCUCUCAGUGGAUGCUAUACUGCAACACUCGCUUGCUCCUGACCUGAUGCUGUCUCUGGACAAUUUCCCUUCUGAUCAAGAAGUUCAGCAGUUGGCUUGUCAGAUUCUUCGGCGGGUUUACAUUCGAGCGAGGGAGAAUACCAUCAUGGGCUCACGUGUGGUGACUCUGGGGAAGCAGUUGGAUGAGGUGUGGACUUUCCAUGGCUUGUCGAGAGUUUUGACAUCCAUGAAGCUGUUCCAGGAAAAUGCAGAUAUACAGCUGGAAGGGUGCAUGCUCUUAGCCUCAAUCGGUGAGGUGCUGUAUAACAAUGGCUACGCCACAGAGGUCUUCAAACUUCUAGAAACAGGUAUUCGCAAGCAUGCCGGCCGAGCUGAUCUGCUUUGCCAGACGAUUCUGAUAAUUUCGCGUUUGGGGUCAUCAUUUUUGUCACUGGAACCGCGUGGCAUCCAAACCAUUGUUGAUGCCAUGGCACGGCACAGAUCGGAUAGAAACCUGCAGAUGACUGCCGUCCGAGCUCUCUUCACUUUAGCCAAAGACGAGUUGGCUUUGCAGUCCUGCCGUGCUGGAGGAGGUGCAGGUGCGAUCUUAUCAGCUAUGGCAGCUCAUCCUGACACAGCUCAAAUUCUUCAGGAAGGAACCCGGGCGUUGGAAAAGCACUGUCCCAGGGCGGUGGCAAAAAUUACUCGCCUGUGCGGAGAUAUUGCUUGCCUGUUGCCUCCAGCCACGUGGACAACUGGCCCGGAUCAAGGCACCAUGCAGGUGCGUCUCGAUGUGGAGGAGCUCAAGGCAACCGGAUGGGCAGCAAGAGGCAUUGAGAAUCUGGUUGUCGAGUUCAAUCCACCAACGAACAGCCUUGGGCAGCAGGAAGAAGACCUGCUGCAUUUGGACGCAGGAUUUCGUAAGAAGAAGGGCCUACGAGAUGACAUCGAUGCUGCUGACCACCUGUGGAUGUCCAUUGGAAAAGCUCAGGUGGCAAUGCCACGUGGCAGCUCAAGCCACAACAUUCGUCAGAAGGACAUCAAUGCCCUGUCUCAGUUGGGCUGCGAUGUUGAAGUCCUGCGGCAACCAGGGCCCAAAAGAGAUCAGGUUCGUCGCUUGUGUGAAGUCUUGAAAGAAGGUGUGGGGCCAAAGAAAUACAGCGCACAAGAUGGAGAGCUGCUGAUCCUGUUGUUGGGCCAUUUCGCUUGGUUUUCGCACACCCACGCCAGGGAAAUCAUCGAAUUUGGUGGGCACACUUCGAUUGUAGAGUGGCUCACAACGAAGCGCUUCAAAGGUCAAGCAAAUGCACUGGAUGAUGCUCUCGCCUUUCCCUUGCAUCGUGCUUGUUUGUGUACAUUGGCUUCUAUAUGCAGGCAUGGCAUAGAUACAUCCAAUCAUGUCUUGGAACUUGACGGUGUAGAGCUCGCCUUGCAGUUUGCAACACAUUUGGAAGCUGGCGUUCGAUGUUGUGCGCUGCGUUUGCUGGCGCGGCUCAUAUCAUAUGCAGCCAAGAGACAUCCACAAAAAGACUCUCUUCCUUUGGACAGUUUGUGGCCCAUCAUUUUGGUUGAACUGCGAAGCAACGACGAGCUGUUGCGCACAGUAGCUGGCGCCUGUGCCCUAGAAGCCAUAGCCAAUGGCUGUGUCCCGGUAGAGAAUGGAAACAGUACCGUUCCUCAAAGUUUAGCUUUAGCUUUAUUGAAUGCUCUGGAAUUGGCGGCGGACGCAGAUUCCUCAGCGGCAGCUCUUCCGCUGCUCAUUGCAGUGAAUCGGAUGGCAGGGGAUGAGGAUGAGCUCAUUCACGGUGCCAUGCGGAAGAACGAGAGUUUGAUCCCUUUGAUGACUGAUUGGUUGCCGAAAGCAACCAGGCCGAUGGCUGUUGCAACUGCGAAAGCGGCUGGACUCUCAGCUGCCUGCACCCUUCGGCUCCUCAGUGAUGCUGGAGCUGCAUUGGACGGAAGUGAGUUAGCACCUCUUCUGCGCUAUGGGACUAGUGUGCUGGCAGAAGCAAGGUUGCAAGAAGCGUGCAAAGCCGCCAUCCAGUUUUCAGUCCAGAGAGAGCAAGAUGCUGGGCUGUUAAUCCAGAUGCUGACUGGUAGAUUGAAGCUCGGCAGCAAAGGUGAGGAUAAGAUUGCGGAUGUGGGCAUCAUGAUUCGAGUUGCUCAGAGAGCCACCAGUCUUAUCAAGCUCGAUCCGAAUCAAGCGAGUGAUGCUUUGCUGGAAGCCUUGGAGAACUCGGAAGAGCUGGUGCCUCCGGACGUCAAUGAAGCCAGAGACAUGCAAGCAGUGCUGGAAGAGUUGCAGGAAGUGAUUCGCAAAUCCAUUAGCAUCCGGAAUGGUGAAGUGGAGGAGGAUCAAGAAGAGCCAGGGCAGCCAGAGUGUGAGGUGGAAGAACAGACACAGCAGACAUAGAAGCUCUCAAAAACAUAUCAGCAAUGGAGCAUGAUGUAGCAUGUGGAUGCGUGUGGUAAAACGUGGUGGUUCGGUAGUUCAGCUGGCAGUUGAUUUGGAAGUGGCAGUGGCCAAAGGUUUCACUCCAGGCUCCGCAGUUUCACAAGAUCCGCUCCGAAGUUGAGC